CCACAAUCCGGAAACGCAUCCGCCAUUUCUUUUUUACACGUUCUGUGGCGUUUGACAGUUUCACCCAGGACGAAAGUGGUUAUUUUCGGCAUUUUUUUGCCAUAAUUAAAGUAAAAUGGGUCGCUACGCACGAGAACCAGACAAUGCGGCUAAAUCUUGUAAAGCACGUGGCUCUAACCUCCGGGUCCACUUUAAAAACACAUGCGAGACCGCUAAUGCUAUCAAAAAGAUGCCCCUCAAGCGAGCCGUGGCUUACUUGAAAAAUGUGUUGGAAAAGAAGGAAUGCGUUCCCUUCAGAAAAUUCAAUGGAGGUGUUGGACGUUGUGCCCAAGCCAAACAGUGGGGUACCACACAGGGUCGAUGGCCGAAAAAGUCCGCCGAAUUUCUUUUACAGUUGUUGAGGAACGCGGAAAGCAACGCCGAUUACAGCGGUUUGGAUGUGGACAGGCUGGUUGUUGAACACAUUCAGGUCAACCGUGCAGCUUGUUUGAGGAGAAGGACAUACAGAGCACAUGGUAGGAUCAAUCCAUACAUGUCUUCGCCUUGCCACAUCGAAUUGUGGUUAACCGAGGGAGAGACCGUUGCUGAACCACCCAAGAGCGUUGGAAAGAAAAAAUCCGCGAAGGAUGUCAAAAAGAGUAAAGCGGCAACUUCUGCUCACUAACUGUGUGUGUUUGAUUGAUAAUAAUAUGUAAGAAUUCAACAAAUACAUUUUUUUUUCAAAUCA